AUGACGUCCUUCUUCGAGCUACUCCCCAAUGAGCUUCUAGACAAUAUCAUCUCAUUUCUCGCCACGGAGCCUCCAUCUCGUGAGAAAUUCCAUCUCCCGCCAAGCUUGGAGCUCACGCAAUCCCCAACCAAGAAUCUGAAACAUCUCGCGCAGAGCUCCUCGCGCUUCCUCGAGCUUGUGCGGCCCCAGCUCUUUACCCAUGCCUGUCUGGACCUCCAUGAUGAACCCAAGUUCCACUCUUUUCUAGACCGGUCGGGUCUGGGGCGCUAUGUGACGUCCCUCGUGGUGGUCGGGGACGACUCGGCCGAUCACCCGGCCGAUCCCCUCUGGUGGCGCCGAAUCUUGCGCUAUCUAGAUCCCGCGUGUAUCACUGUCCUGGCGCCGCCCACAUUUAUCGGCAAGACGCUGGGAACUCCGAUCAUGGACGGGCACAGCUGGGCAUUUGGUAUUUCUCUACAGAUUCUGCAGCUCGAGCGCGAUGGCCACUCUCAUGAUCUCUCGGCAUUACCGGACCUGGAGUCUCAUACUAGUUUAUUGUCAACCCGCCACUGGACGUCUCUGUCCUUCAACGAGGCCUCUUCCCUCAAGGCCUACAACCAUUAUGAAUACUUUCUUUCCCAUGUCCCUUCGGUCAUCGGCGAAUGGGGUAAUUUGGUAUCAUCGCAGUCACCGCCGCCGGCAGACCUGCCCUUGUUGCUGGACCGACUCACUGCGUUCUCCUAUACGGCGGUCUUCCCGUUUUAUAGUCAUGCGCACAUUGUCCUCGCUGUUGUCUCUAUUAUGCGAAAUCUGAAACAAUUCAAUGUGCAGCUGGCUCCGGAUGCCAACAAUCAUGCCACCGAGGCCGAACAACGGGGCUCGUUGGAUCCUAACGAUCCCUGGAUGGAGCUUGAGACCGCGUAUUCCCUGAUUGGUUUCCACAUCAACCCGAUGGGAGUUCUCCGCGAGUUUUGUAGUCGAGACUUCCACCUCGAGGCAAUCCGGCCGGAGCUGUGUAGAAUCAUGAAUGAAGAUUUGGGCCACUCGGGUUGGGUUCACGAUGGCCGCGGAGUCUGGCGGCGGGGAUAA